GUUGGGAGACAAGUUAGCCGCGGCUAGCUAACGUUAGCUUAGCCUAACGUGCUACAUUGACAGUUACCUUCACGGUGUUGUGUGACAAGUCGAAGGUGUCAUGGUAACCGUGCUUAAUCCAGUCUAAUGAGUCCUUUAACUCUGGUCUGGCGCUCCUUUUGGCCUCUUUAAUCCUCUUCUUACUCUUGUGGUUCAUUCCUUUCCUCGGCUUUGCAACUAAUAAAAACUAAAUAUGAGCUAACGUUAUGUCCUCACAUGCGCUCCUCCCCAGUACUGAUGGGCGGCUAACUCAUUACUUGCCAAAGCAUCGAAGCGUGGCGAACAUGGCUGUAUAUCAACUGUUAUGAAAUGUAAGAGACGUUUGUAUGCGUCCUGGCACCCACUUGUGCUGAAAAAGAAGCUAGUUAGCAGCAGGUGACACAAGGCUUUUGCAACUGGUUGUCACGCAUCGUCACACCCCUACAGCGGUUAUUGAAAACUCAUUGGCCAGGACAGUAGUCAAACAACAUCUCCCGAUUGGUUAAUGUGAAGACUUAGCCUUCCCGCCAGGUACGUCCUACAAUAUGGUUGGCUCAUACCGUUUUUUUCUCUGAGCAUGCGCUAAUCGUAAUAUUGGGAACACGUCCAAAUGGACUUUAUUGCGAACAGAAUAUACACUUCUCCAUAGAAGACCAAACUAACAGUUAAGUGGUUUGGUUAUUGUGGUGUAACCGUGUUAUAUUUUUUAUUUUGAAUACCGGACUUACGACAGUUACAUAUUUUAAAAUGAGAUGUGCGACAUAAACCACAUCCGGCCUGAACCUCCUAGAAUCGUUCACAGGACUUUUACGUUUGAAGAAACCAGGAACAGCACGCAGGAGUGCCUCAGUGUGUCGAUACCGGAGGUCCUGGAUGCACAGUACGGCAUGUAUGUGUGGCCCAGUGCGGUAGUGUUGGCUCAGUACGUGUGGACCAAAAGACUGGACUUGAAGGACAUAGCGGUGCUGGAGCUGGGUGCAGGUGUCAGCCUUCCAGGUGUAGUAGCGGCCAAGUGUGGUGCAAAGGUCAUCCUUUCUGACAAUGCCAACACGCCGCUCUGUCAACACAACUGCAAACGCAGCUGUGAAGCCAACGGCCUGCAUGACGUGGUCACGCUGCCUCUCACCUGGGGGGAAAUCUCAGCAGACCUGGUCCUGCUUCCACCGCUCCAAGUCAUCUUGGGAUCAGAUCUUUUCUACGAGCCUGAGGAUUUUGAAGACAUCCUGGUCACGGUUGCUUUUCUUUUACGAAAGAACCCCAGUGCUCAGUUUUGGACAACAUAUCAAGAACGAAGCGCCGAUUGGACCAUUGAAGCGUUGCUGCGCAAGUGGAAGAUGACAUGUGUCAACAUUGAUUUGGAAUCAUUUGAUGCCAACAAAUCUGAGCUGGCGGGAUCCAGUCUUCCAGGCAGCCACAACAUUCAGAUGAUGAUGAUGAUGCUCAGAACAGAUGAGGACACGUGAAACAUGGCAGCUUACCUUGUUCCACGCAUGGAUGCUGCUGGCGCACCUUCGACAAAGUUUUCAACUGACACUUUUCUCUGUGUUUUUGUUGGAAGUGGGAAAUGAAGAUAUUCACAAUGGAAAUGUAUCACGAGAUCGUCAUCAGAAAUGUACAAGGACACAACCUUCAAUAUCAGCGGGCGGAAAGGGAAAACUAUUGUUUUUUGUUUGUAUUGUUAAAAAUAGUUUGGAAGUUGUCCUGACUCAGCAGAUUCCCAAAGCCGUCAAAAUCCAGCAGUUUGGAUUCUGGCAAAUGAAAGUGUUUUUCUGCUCCUUUGUUGAUAUGCAGCUUUUGGUGGUGUGCAUUGAUCGACUGCGGUGUGGACACAUGCUAAAGCAGGGGUGUCCAAAAUACAGCCUGGGGGCCUUUGUGUGGCCUUUUUAAAAUUGGUCUGCGGCACAUUCUAAAAAUAAAACAAAACGUAAAAAAAAAAAAACGGCAAGAACGGAAAAAUCAGUAAUUGACUAAUUUUACUAGAACAAAAACUAAAUUGGAAGAGAAAAAAGUUGUACUUUUACAAGAAUGUAAUAUGAGGAAAAAUGUCAUUUUAGUAGCAGAAGUUGAAAUAUUAAAGAUAAAAGACAUUAUUUUUGUAAGUUGCAAUACAGUCCAUCGCAGUUCGAAUUUUGCAGGUUCACUCUUAUUGGUUUUUCAAAAUAUGACUUAAUCGUGUUGUUUCAUAGUUGAAUACUGAGCAUGUUUUUUUUUAAUUUUUUAAACAUUUUGAAAAAUAAAAGUGGCCAAAUGACCGUA